CCGGAUGUUCUUUAGUUAAUCUCACCACCUUGAUGGCAGCUAUCGCGGAAUCUAUCACAGCCCGUGUCUGUGUAGUUUAUUACUUUGCUUAGCCUAUGUGACAAAGAAAGGUACAUGCAUUUAGGGCCGUAAACCCGACGCUUGGCAGCAACAUGGCGCUGCUGGCCAGCCUGUGUGUCGGCUCGGUAAAACUGACCUGAAGGGAGGAAACCAUUACUCUGACAUAAUCGACUGUUUUACAGCCGAAGGGCCGUCAUGCCUAAAGAGCAGCGUUUCUUAAGCAAGAAUGCUAAAGACAAGAGCAACAGCGCAGCCAUGCUGGCGAUGCGCGACACUAAUGAUGCGGAUGAUCGCAACAGAAGAAGCUCCCGCUGCAGCUCAGAAAAAGACUCUGGGUUUUCUGAGGGCUCUGACUGGCAGCAGACCGAUGUUGAGGACCAGAGGAGCAGCCAAAGUCAGCUGAGACGGACAGACCAUGCAGAGGCUCCGCCCACAGGCCAGUCCAAAGCACAUAGCAACAGAGAUACCCAGAAUCCUACUAUGAUGCCUACCAAACUGGCCCAGCCUCUCGUCUACAUAAUCAAGCAGCCGGCCACAACCCAGAAAAGAAGUCAGCCGCGCGCGGAUAGUAGCAUGAGGACAGGCAGCCAUGCUGUUUCUUCGCACAUGAUCCUCCUCCAGCAGCCAGGCUUCCUGCCAGCGACGCUCCAGCUCCGCAAGCCUUUGACCCGGACUCCCAGUGUCGCAGAAAGCAAAACGAGCAGCGCCUACUUCCCCAUUCUCAACUCUUACCCUCGCAUCGCACCGCAUCCUACCAAGAAGCCGCCCGACAAGGCUUUAUCUAACCAGGACUCCCAAAAUCUGAGCAAGAGGAUAUGCACUGAACGUAGACCUGCGGACGCGUCAGCAACUAGCGGUGGGUUGGGGCAACACCGUCACCCACGACCUCAGCCGACGGUCCCAAACUCCGUCCCGUUGAGUUCCUCAUCGAGCAGAAACGUCUUCAGCAUUUCCUCCACAAACCUUGGACCUCCAUCCAUCUCCAGCCCGCACAGCACCUCUUCCUACCCUCCAGAGGGAGGAAGCCGUCGGAACGUCACCGCUAGUACUCGCCGUCGGCAGUUCCUCAACACGGUAGAACUUCUCAGACAGUCGGGCCUGUUGGACAUUACGCUGCGUACGAAGGAGUUGCUCCGCCAGAGCAGCGCCACUGAGCAGGACAUCUCCCAGCUGCGUCAGCACACAGAGCUGCUCUGCCAGGCGGUCAGCAACCCUGGCCACAGCCCGCAUGGCGACGCAGCUUGGGAACAUGUGUUCCAGGCCAUGGUAGAGUCUGGUAGCUAUCCCAACCUCAAAACGACACACGAGUCCCAGAACCCAUCACAUCUAGCUCCAAUUAGUCAAACGCAAAGUAUUUCUUCAGGGAACAUGAAAAUACGGCGGCCUGCCGAAAGCUCCUGCCUUUUUACCGUCGGUUCAGAGCAAGCUCAGGUGAAGCAGGACAGGGAGGUCGAGACCAGUGAAAGAUCCGAGGGCAAAGUAGCCUUUGUGUGUCCUGACAGUUCUACUGGUUAGGACAACGGUCUGUGCCUUCAGAGACUGAGAUAACUAGUCCUGGCUGCUGUGCCUUACCUACUCACCUUUAUUGCCAUUUUCUGCCUUGCCUCACAGACUGAUUGUGGUACAUUUUUAAAGGGUUUGGAUUAAUUCACCUAACUAAAACUGCUUACCAGGUUGUGAAAUAUUUCAAAUUGCGAGAUCAGAAAUGACCAAAAAAAAAAAAAAACAACAACAGUGUUUUAAAGGUAAAAGCUUUGUUUGCAAGCUGUAAUUUCAGCACAUUUAUGGCUUUAAGCCCCUAGCACAUGAGUCUAAGUUUUGAACGGCACGCUAGUUAGAUGUUAGCCUAUUGGUCCAAUGGAAAAAAAAGCUCUAGGUGGUGCGGGCUUUAAUUAAGCCUUUCCAAUCCAUUUAUAUAAAAUAAAUCCCCACACUUGGUCCUCAGGGGACACCAUCAUGCAUUUUCUA